GGCAGAAGGAUUCGGCUGAAUCCGAAUACAGCUGAAAAAGGCCGAAUCCUGGAUUCGGUGCAUCCCUAGUUUAAUGUCCAACUAAUCUCGUAUACUUGAUUUAUCCCUAUUGACAACAUCACCUUUACAUUAUUAGAAGUCUGAGUGGUAGACUUGGGGCUGUAGUAAGGCUGACAUGAUGUCUACUCUUUUGUACCUCUGUUAUUAGCAGAGAAAAGGCCAAAUAAGCUGUAACAACCAAGUGCCAGGCAGGCUGUAUGCAGUCACAUCGCUGCGCAGUAUGUUGGCACUAUAUAAAUACAUUUUAAUAAUGGUUAUUAGGGGACACCUUGUUUUUCCUUGUCCUGAGAUAUGGCGUGUGUUUUGUGUGCUGCAUGCAGUGAAAGUGAAGGCAUCAGUCAGUUGCAACUAGGGUUGCCACCUGGCCGGUAUUUUCCCAGCCUGGCCCGUAAAAAUGUUGCUUGAUGCCAAUGUUAUUUAUAGGGAAAAACACAAAAAUAUCAGAAGGUAUUUUAUUCCAGAAAAGGUGGCAACCCUUAUUUGCAACCCUGUUUGGGAUUACCACGAUGUGCAGCUGGAACCUGGCCACCAUCUCCUGUAUCAUUGCCACCUCUCAGAACCAGCAAUCCAACACAUAGGCCAGAUAAUUGGUAUAAAUAGAAAUAAAUGUGCAAGGUACAGUCAGGCUGACAGCCAGACACUCGCUAUGUUGGUCUCGAUCUCAUCUCUGUGGAGCGGAGCUGAAGAAAACAGCAGGGCCGUGUCUCAAUACAUUACUGGAGGCAAUAAGCACACAAUGAAUGAACAUCUACAUGUCUCCAGUCAUGGACAGAUACAGGUGCAACAACUGUUUGAAGAGAACAGCAACAAAAGAACUGUUCUGACAACACAACCAAAUGGGCAUACAGCUGUUGGCAAAUCUACUUUACCUGUUGUUACAGAGAGGCAGCUUGAAAGCACUCAUAGGAGACAAGGAAGCUCUAGCUCUUUAAAAUCAGCAGAGGGCAUAACCAAGUUGAAGUCUUCUUCAUUAACUCCUGAACAAGCAAUGAAGCAAUACAUGCAAAAGUUGACUGCUUUUGAGCACCAUGAAAUCUUUAAUUACCCUGAAAUUUACUUUUUGGGUCCAAAUGCUAAGAAACGACAAGGUGUAAUUGGUGGCUCAAACAAUGGUGGCUAUGAUGAUGAUCAGGGCUCCUAUGUACAAGUGCCGCACGAUCAUGUUGCCUACAGGUAUGAAGUUCUGAAGGUUAUUGGAAAAGGAAGUUUUGGACAAGUUGUUAAAGCUUAUGAUCAUAAACUUCAUCAGCAUGUGGCGUUAAAGAUGGUAAGGAAUGAAAAGCGCUUUCAUCGGCAGGCUGCAGAGGAAAUCAGAAUUCUAGAACACCUGAAGAAACAAGACAAAGACAACAAUAUGAAUGUCAUUCACAUGCUGGAGAACUUCACAUUCCGCAACCAUAUCUGUAUGACAUUUGAAUUAUUGAGUAUGAAUCUCUAUGAGCUGAUCAAGAAGAACAAAUUUCAGGGCUUUAGCUUGCCUUUAGUUCGCAAGUUUGCUCACUCAAUUUUGCAGUGCUUGGAUGCUUUGCACAAAAAUAGAAUAAUCCACUGUGACCUUAAACCUGAAAACAUUCUGUUGAAACAACAGGGCAGAAGUGGCAUUAAAGUUAUAGAUUUUGGUUCCAGUUGUUAUGAGCACCAGCGCGUAUAUACGUACAUACAAUCACGUUUCUACCGGGCACCAGAAGUUAUUCUUGGUGGUCGCUACGGGAUGCCUAUUGAUAUGUGGAGCUUGGGUUGUAUUCUUGCAGAAUUGUUGACUGGCUAUCCACUUUUACCUGGAGAAGAUGAAGGUGAUCAGCUGGCAUGUAUGAUUGAGUUACUGGAUAUGCCUUCCCAAAAGCUUCUCGAUGCUUCAAAAAGGGGUAAAAAUUUUGUUAGCUCCAAAGGUUACCCACGCUAUUGCACUGUUACAAGUCUGCCUGAUGGUUCUGUGGUAUUAAAUGGUGGUCGCUCACGAAGAGGAAAACCAAGAGGCCCCCCUGGAAGUAGAGACUGGGUGACUGCUUUGAAGGGCUGUGAUGAUCCCCUGUUUCUUGAUUUCUUGACACAAUGUUUAGAAUGGGAUCCUUCUCUCCGAAUGACACCUAGCCAAGCACUGCGACAUCAUUGGUUAAGGAGGCGAUUGCCAAAGCCUCCAACUGGAGAAAAGAUCUCUUCUAAAAGAAUAACAGAAAGCACUGGUGCUAUAACAUCGAUUUCUAAAUUACCUCCAACAUCAGGCUCAGCUGCAAAGUUAAGAACUAAUCUGACCCAGAUGACUGAUGCCAAUGGAAAUAUACAGCAGAGGACAGUGUUGCCAAAGUUGGUCAGCUGAUUUACUGGACAUCUUACAUCGACAACACCUUGCUGAGCCUUAUGCAUACAAAGCAGCAACUCGGAUUUGUACCAUUUUUAAUUGCUCAGAUUAUUUUAAAUACAUUGUGCAACAGGUGUAUUUUUAUGUAAUCAUGAAAUUGUUAAACAAUGGGGACAAUGCUUUAAGGUUUUAUACCUUUUUGGUAUUUGUAAUUGGCCUUGCUUAAAAUAGGAAGUGUCAAAGUCAGUGGCUGGCCACUGAUUAGUACUUGACAGUUAAACCUUAUUUAUUAAUGUCAAAAGUGUUUAGUUAAUUCAUUCAUAUUUAACAAUUUUGCUCUGUGUGCCAUAGGCCAUUUAGAGCAUCGAAAACAUGUCUGAUACACAGUCACACAGUGUAGUUCCGUGCAUUUUGGUUUUUGUGGAAUGGGCCUUGCAUAAAGUUGUGCAAAGUAGUCUAUACAGUAACAUUUGUUUGUAUUUGGAGCAAUUCAAUGAAACAGAUUUGUGUUAGACUGAAAGGUAUCGCAUUUAUACUUAAAAUUGAGCAGUUUAAUCACUUCAUUUAAUUAAGGUAUUCUAAUACCUUUUUUUUCCUUAUUUUUGAUAUAGCCAAAGGUUUUUAUUUUACCUUAUUCGAUAUACCUUUAGAUAUAUUCUAUAUGUAGGUGAUUAAAACAUUUUCUCAACAUUAAAAGGGCAUUUGUAAGCAAAAUGUUUUUUAAACUAUUGCUUUGUGUUGGUUACUAUGUGUUUUGGGUUGGGAUUAUCUACGGUUUUUUUUUUUUUUUUGCAAAGUAAAGUCAAUUUAGUAUUUUUAAUGUAAAAAUAGCUGAAGGAAUUGGUAUUACUGAAGGAUGAGUAAGAAGUGUUGCAACCAUGUGCUUUGAAGCAGCUUUGUACAUUGGGAUUCAAUUAAAAGCUGUCUGACUGUUAUCCCCUUUCCCUUAGCCUACACAUUGCUUAGCUGUGAGAUUUUUUUUUUUUUUGUAAGCCACAUUGUUUGAAGGAGUAGUUCAACUAAACAUACAAUGUUAAUUAUUAAUAAAAGUACUUUAAGUGGGCAUUAUUAAUCACUUUAUAUGUUUGCCAUGAAAAUUGUUUCCUCUCCUCCUUUAUUUCUACUACACUGUUAAAAUCAGUAUCUAAAUGCUUCAAACUAAAGAGUUGUCUAGAUAAGUUUAAGCGCUAUGAAUGGCCCUUUAAGUACUUUUAUACAUAUUUGACAUUUUAUUUUUGUUAAAUGUCCAAAAAUGUAAGUUUAAUUGGAAAGUGUGGGUAUAAUUGUGGUUACAUGGAAUUUGCAGCUCUGCUUUUUAAUUUUUAUUUUACUUAAAGCAUGGUCCCCAAAAAUGGCUAAAAUGUUUCUGGCUACGUUUUUGAAUGUAAGUGCAAGUCAAAAAGCAAAGAGAUAACUAUUUACUUCAGGUUGAUAAUUUACUUUUUUUUCUUGCUUUUUUAGAUUCAGACCACAUUUUGUAAUCCAGCAGUUGGUCCGACCUUUUUUAAUUCACAUCAGGGUUAAACAAUAUGAGAUCAUUAUUGUAGUAAUCAUCCUGCUCUAAUUCCAGGGUUAUCCAGAACAGUAUGUAAGCACAAUUCUCACCCUUCCUGCCUCUCCCACACCACUGGAUAUUAUUAAAGCAGCUUGGCAAGUUAUUUCCUAGAUCCUCAUGGUGCAGUUUUAUCUAAUUUGGUGGGAGAUUAAAAUCAACAGUCUCACAAUAUUUUGAUACAAAACUUAUCUUUUAUAUUUUUAUCCUCUAAAAACUGAUUGCACUAUUUGAUUUUUAAUUCUCAAACUUUUAUGUACCAGAAACUUUUAGACAAGGGGUAACUCACAAGCACUACUAACAUUCUCAGUUGCUAAGUGAGAAACCCCUUUGAUACGUGUCUGGAUUUAUUUUAUUGGUAUUUGAGUAAAGUGGUAUAUAAAGUUUGCUUACAGGAAACAGACAUUAGUUGUCGAUGGUUUUCCAUUAAAAGAAACAUGGACACUAAAAAAUGAGCGUUUUAAAGGAAAGUCAAUAUAAUGUACUGGUGCCCUGCACUGGUAAUACAGCUGUGUUUGCUUCAGAUACACUACCAUAGUUUAUAUAAAUAAGCUGUUGUGUAGCUGUGAGGCAGCCAUUCAAGCACAGAACACAUAGAUAAUUGAUAAGUUCUAAAGAAUCUCAUUGUAUGCUACAUCCCUUAUCUGUUAUCAGUUGUGUAUCCUAUGCCUUUUCUCCUUUUUCAGCUUUGAAUGGCUGCCCCCAUGGCUACACAGCAGCUUGUCAUAUAAACUAUAGUUGUUUUUCUGAAGCAAACAUACCAAUUUUACCAGUGUAGCACAGCAGUACAUCAUAUUUUCAUUACUUAAGGAUACGUUCACAUUUUUGUGUUCCUGUUCCUUUAAUGUUAAUUUAACCAUUUUUCGAAGUAAAGUGCUUAUGGAAAGCUUGCUGAAGCGAACUUUGUUUUUAUCUUAAGCACUUCAGUGGUUGAUCUGUAAUAAAUUGUUUUGGAAACAGUACUUUGUCUCACAGGUUACCAUUGUCUAGGGAAGUCUUACCUAUUUGCGGCAUUUGGGAUAGCACAGUAUCCUUGGUUGCAGUCUCGCAUGGCACAUUCCAUGCACAUAUUUGGAAAUUUUUGUCACACAAGUGUUUUGCUAUACGAGUUCAAUUCAAAUGAGAAGCGUUUAUAUAAACAAUACAGGAUACUUUGUGAACUUAGUGUGAAGUAUGUGCCUUUUCGUUAAUAGUGCUACAUUGGCAGGCAUAUUUUUGCCUACUUUAUAAAAGAUAGCAGGUAAAGGCAUUUAUAUUACACGUUUACUCUAAUAUGUCUUAAAAUAUUCAUCAUGCUAAGAGGCCUUAAAAGUAACCAUAGCUCUGGCAGGUUUUUUAAGGCUGGCCGAGUAUGCUGCUAGAAAAUGCUUCCUUAGACUGUGAGCUCCUAAAAGCCCUGUUGGUUACCUGUUUUUAUACUUUUCAUCAUUUCUUUUUUUCAGGGUUUUGAUUAUGCUUAUACUAGUGAAACAAUCUUAAUUUAUGUGCAAAAUUUACCUCAAGCUGUUUUUCAAUUUUAAGGUGUAAUCAAUCCCAGGGCAUUUGGUAAAAACCAAGGUGCAUUCCUUUUAUAUUUGCUGGCAGGAAUAAACCAGCCAGUGAUUUUUAUAAUUUAGGUGCAAUGCACAUAAGCCACUUUUGAUGUAUAGUUCUUGUAUACAUCUCUUGGACAUUGGGUUUAUUGGAAUCUCAAAGAAGAAAUGAAACUGUAAAUUAUACAGUAUAUUUAAAAUGCCCUUGAUUCGUUCGCUUCUUCAGAGAUUCCCUCAUAUCCCAAUUUGAUGCAAUUUGCAUAAAAAGACACAAUGAAUUCUUGUUGGCACUUUUACAUCUCUGUAAAACUUGUUGGUUCUGAAAAGUAAUUUUUAACUGCUCACAAAACUGCUACAAUUGUCUAGGCCAUGACAAUUCUAUUGAGAAACAUCUUAGACAUGUGACUGUAAUAUGCUGCAAUUGUGUAUACCGAUGAUAUGUGAACAUUUGGAGUGAAUGUGGACUUUGUGUAUAUUUUGUGUACAUUUUCUGUAAGAUGCUGCUGUCGCCACUCUACUAUGUUGUAGUGGAUUAGAAUCAAAGUGGCAAAAUCUAUAAUACUGGAUGUAUUGUUCAGCAGAUGACAGAUGUAUGAAAAUUUAGUGAACUCUUGUUAAAUUUUAUUGUUGUGGCCAGAGAUCAUUUCAAAAUAAAAAUGUAUGUUCUA